UUCCUCUUGCUGGGUGCCAGAGCUCGAGUGCGAGCGAGCUCCAGUUCCUGCUGGCCUACCCACUGUGCUGCUCCUAUGGCGGACUCUCCUCUUAACAACUCCUGGCCAUCCUUCUCCAGACUCUGGAUGAAGAGAUGGUCCUUCAAGAGAGCAUCAGAGAGCAAGCCCUGCAGUCAGCCCUGUGAGCCUCCCAGUGCUCAUCUCAGCGUCCAGCCUACCAGUGCAAAAGGAUCUUCCUCCUCAUUAUCUCCUGCUUCUGUCACUGAGGACGUCUCCUUUGGGUGGACCAGUGAUGACCAGGAUGCGUGUUCGGUGGUGAGCGACUAUGACUGCCCCUGCAUCGAGGAGAGCAGCAGUGUGGAGGACUUGCAGAGCAUCAGCCCCUCUCUCAGGGACUCUGAGUACUUAAAAGAUCUGCGGGGAGGUACGCCGACCUCGCAGACAACUGCAUCCACAGUGACCGCAGCCGCGGAGAGCGUCGACCUCCAGGAGCCUCUAAACACAAACAGUCCAGCCCUAAACCGACCUGCACACUCUUUUCUGAACACGCACUCCCCACACUUAAAUGCCCCGUUCCCGUCCUGCGAACAGCCUCCAGAGGAACUUCCUCACAACCUUGUGGUCACUCAGCUCAGUCCUAAGUUGUUACCAGGUGGGUUCACUGAUUGCGAGGACUCUCUCUGUGGAGGCUCUGCAGUAGGGCGGAGCUCGCCAAGUAAUUUGAUCGGAUUGUCGGGAUCGAUGGAAACGGCAUCGACAGCGGCGAUGGAGGGAGCAAAGGACCAGUGCUCAAUGGAUUUUGAUGGAGAGCCAGACCUGGACAGCUUUCCUAUUCUAAUCAGAUCCAUGUCUACAUCUCGGAGGCACAGCUGGGGUGUCCCUCUGUCCCCCAUCAACCUGGGGAGGAGACUCAGUCUCGACACCAAGGCCAUAGACAGUGACGGAGAGAGAGAUGAUGAUGAUGACGAGGAGCGACAGAAUAGUCUUUUCCAGUCCACCUACAGCUGCUCGCCGUGUCCUGAGGAGGACUCCGGCAGUCCUGAUGGCUUCAGCCUGAGGGACCACGGUGAGCCCGGCAGGCAGCUAUACUCCCGCUCAGAGAUCCUUGCUACAGACGAUUGCUCCCGUGCUGCACACAUUUCUCGUGUUGUACAGACAUCCAAACGAGCUGCCAGGGCAGCAGGAGCUGAGGAAUUUGACCCGGAAGAAAACCUGCAUUCUACUGAAGGACAGACGCAUAUAGAGAAGCAGAGAAGCAGCAGAUCAGACGCCAAAGAUUCAGGAAGUGUCACUUGGUACGAGUUCCUCUCUAACGAGAAUGAAGAAGAGGAGGAUCGUAUAGAGAAGGUGGAAAGAGGCACAAAAGUAAAAAGGACUCUGAGCUCUCUCAGGAACAGGAUGACCGGCUCCUUCAAUAAAGACAAGGGUAAGAACCGCGAAAAAGAGCCUCAGAAAGACAAGGUGAAGGACAAGGACAGGGAGCCCAAAGAGAAAAUGUGUGGCAUUCACAGCAAUGGGCAUCAUUUGGUGCCAGGUUCCUUCUCCAGUUGUGCCACGUGCUCGUUGUGCAGCAAGGCGCUGCAGAAAAAGCAUGGCCUGCAGUGCACGAAUUGCGCUGUGAACGUUCACAAGAGCUGCAAGUCUCUGCUGGGGGAGUGCACCAGCAGCAAGAAUAAGAGAGAUACGCUACCGAAGCCUAGCUCAUCAGGAUCUCCUAACCUCGCGCUAAAAGACCGGGACAGAGAGUGGGAUCAGGCAGGCCCGGCCGCAUCUCAGGCCCUGGAUGGCCAUCGAGGUUCGUUCAGUGGCCCAGGCAUGACCAUUAGUGCGUUGGGAUCUAGCGCUUCGCAAACCGCCCUCGCCACCAGCACUUCCACGGCUGCUACCUCCAGCAUUGGCCACAACCUUCAUUACAACAAUAGUUCAGCAUCCCUCCCUGGGGAGAUGGAUGAGACGGACACUCCCCGCUCCAAACGCUACAAUGAAGACGCGAUUUCCCUCGCUCCUUCGACCACCGAGUCCAUCAUUGUAGAAGAUGCUCACUAUGCAGCUGUGCGGGCUGAUCUGGAGUCUGAUGCUCAGGAUUUGGAGGCAGACUCGUGGAGUUCGGCGGUUGAUCAGCAGUAUCUCAAAAAGCACACUAAAGAAACGGCGAAGAGACAAGACGUGAUAUACGAGCUGAUGCAGACAGAGAUGCAUCAUGUGAGGACUCUGAAGAUCAUGCUGCGCGUCUACGUCCGGGAGUUGAAGGAGAACCUCCAGAUGGACGCAGGAAGGCUGGACUGUCUGUUUCCCCGCUUGGAAAACCUCCUCGACCUUCACACAAACUUCCUGUCUCGUCUCAAAGAGCGGCGGCGAGAAAGCCUGGUCCCGCCCAGCGACAGGAACUACACCAUCAACAAACUGGCAGACGUCCUGAUCGCACAGUUCUCAGGUGAAAUCGGAGAGAAGAUGAAGGACAGCUAUGGAGAUUUCUGCAGUCACCACCCUGAAGCUGUCAGCUACUACAAAGAUCAGCUGCAAAACAACAAAAAGUUCCAAAACAUCAUCCGAAAAAUCAGUCACCUGUCUAUUGUGCGGCGGCUCGGAGUGACUGAGUGUAUUUUAUUGGUGACACAGCGGAUUACAAAGUACCCGGUGCUAGUCGAGCGCAUUCUUCACAACACUGAAGCUGGUACGGACGAGCAUGUGGAUUUGAGUCGGGCGCUGGGUCUGAUCAAAGACACCAUCGUACGGGUGGACACGUUGGUUAAUCUCCACGAGAAGAGCUCCAGGCUCAGAGAAAUACACCUCAGGAUGGAGCCGAAGGCACAGGGGAAAUUCAAAGACGGUCGUGUCUUUCGGAGGGAGGACCUCGCGCCGGGCCGGAGACGGCUGCUUCAUGAGGGCACAGUCAGCUGGAGAGCUGCUUCAGGCAGACUCAAAGAUAUUCUUGCCGUGCUGCUGUCAGAUGUGUUGCUUUUGCUGCAAGAAAAAGAUCAGAAAUAUGUAUUUGCUGCAGUGGAUAACAAGCCGUCAGUUAUCUCUCUCCAGAAGCUCAUAGUCAGGGAGGUUGCCCACGAGGAGAAAGCCAUGUUUCUCAUCUGUGCCUCUUCCAAUGAGCCGGAGAUGUAUGAGAUCCACACCGCCUCGAAGGAGGACCGAAACUCAUGGAUGACGCAAAUACGACAAGCUGCAGAGAGCUGCCCUCACACUGAGGAAAGGCUGUUCAGUGAGGAAGAAGAGGCGCGAGCUUCCAGGUUUAAAGAAUUUCGAGAACGGCUAAGCCAGAAGGAUGCAGUGAUCACGCAGGCGCUGACCGAGAAGCUUCAGCUGUUUGCGGACAUGGCCGAGUCUGUGGCAGGGCUGGAAGACGCAGCGUCGCGCUCCAGACUUCUGCUUCGAGGAGACUUCUCAGACCUCCAGCAGGGGGAGGUCCUGCUCAAAGGAGCUAUCACUGAGGUGGAGAACCUUCAGAACCUGCUGCAGUCUGGAGUGAGGGAGGGGCCUCCUGCACCCGCCAGGUGGGAGGAAGGAAGCGGCUCUGGGGUUCUGCCCAGGCGAGCCGACACCUUUGGGGGCUACGACAGCAGCCCCGCCAUCUUCAACAAGAGUGAGUCCAGCACAGCGCGAGCCGCAAAGAAUAAGAACCAGAGCAAGUCCUCUGGAAACUUCCACGUGCUUGCAGGUCCUAUUUUAUAUUGUACUGUACGUGAUGUGCAGCACUGCAGUUUGAUGGCUCGCUGUGUGUCUCUCGCUCAGGUCGACGAGAGCUUUCCUGCCCGGUGGAAUCGCAUCUGGUCCGACUCGUUCCCAGAGGCUGAAUUCUUUGACAGAGUGCUGAUGCUCUCACAGAGGCUCUACAGUCUGGAGGCCAUCGUUUCGCAGCAGGACAGUCAGAUCGAGCUGCAGCGGGCCUCGCUGACGGAGCGGGCCUCCCUGCCCGGCCGCCACAAGGGGAACGUGCUCCUGGAGCAGGAGAAGCAGCGGACUCUGGCCUUGCAGAGAGAGGAGCUGGCCAGCCUCCACAAGCUGCAGUCGCAGCACCGGCAGGAGCAGCAGCGCUGGGAGAAGGAGAGGGAGAGGCACCGCCAGCAGGUGGAGGCUACCGAGGCCAGGCUACGACAAAGAGAGGAGGAGUGCAGGAGGACGGAGGAGCAACUGGCAAAAGAGAAGGAGGAGUUGGACAUGCAGAGGGAGACGUACCAGCAGGACCUGGAGAGACUGAGAGAGUCCACCAGAGCUGUGGAGAAAGAAAAGGAACGCCUGGAACACCAGAAGAAGAUCAAGAGGAAGACCAUUGAGGUGGCUCCCCUUUCUGGAAGUCUAAAUGGAGAUCUCCUCAUGUCCUCCGGGUCCGCCGACUUGCCUCCGAAGCCGCUGGUGCGUGGCAGCAUGUCCGUGGCACAAGCCGACUAUCCGGAGCGUCCCGAGGUGAUAGCGCGACGUGAGACGGGCUCCUCGACUUUGCCGCUAAAGACGGAGGUGCCGCUCCAUCUCUUCAGCACCACCAACCAGCUGCACAAGCCGGUCGGGGUUCAGCAGCAGAUCCCCACCAAGCUGGCAGCAAUCAACAGCAGCAAAGGGAAAGGAAGCAAGAGCGGCAAAGCUUCGCAUCGCACCGACAGCACCGCCUCGCUGGACACGAAGCAGGUGCUCCCACUGAAGCUUUCCACCAAAGAGGACAACGCCCACAAGGUCAAGCGCUCCGUCAGCCCCCACCAGCAGGUCCCGAUGUUGGCCCCUCCUCAGUCGCACACCCAGCAUCACCAUGCAGAUCAGCCCAGUUCUCUAGACAACGCUGGACCAGACAUCCAGUCUGCCUCCCACCCUCCAAAUGUUCAGAAGCCCCCCAUGCCUCCUGCACAGUCCCAUCCUCAACCCUCCCUGCAGCCUCCCAUCAUACCCCCCCACUCGCAGAGCACCGGCGCUCUUCAGUUCCACUCCCCCGUGCAGCCGCAGAGCCUCAAUCCCAGCGCACAGGUUCAAGGGCUCAGCCACAGCCUGCCGCCGCCCUACAAGUUCACCACAGAGGACCUCAAUAAGGAGGAUGUCAUCUUCUUCUGAACUUACGAUAGAGGAAAAAACCAGUCCAGGGAUUGAUCGUCAUCCCCAUUAAACCAUAAGGCCCAUCCCGAAGAGCACCUUCCAUGCGAUCAUGUGACUGCAGACGCAUUGUUUCAGUAAGGCUGGGGAGGUUUGUUGCAGGGAGGAGGGCUGCUGUGGUUCACAUGGAGAGAAAGACGGCGUUUGUUUUUAAUAACCCUCAUCUGGCCCUAAACUGCCAGUAUUAGUGUAAUCGUUUAAUCUUAUUUUAUUUAAGUUUUAUAUCUAAACUUAAUUGGCUGAAUCAUGAAGGAGAGACCUUUGGGGAAACAAAGGAGUGUGGAAAAAAGGUGUAAAUGAAGUUUUAGUGAUCCAAAGACAUUAUCCGUGAGAGCUGAACCAGGACGUGACUGAAAGGAGUGAAAUCAGGACAGUCGGGGAAGCGACGGCGAUCUUACGGCACCUGGAACCACGUGAAAGAAACUCUAACACUGUCUGCUCGAUGUUUCAUUUGCACAGUGUAAAUACUUCAGCCCAGACUGAUGGACGAACGGACAAACUGUGUAGUGUCUGACUGCACAGCUGUUAAAAUGAUGAAGCUUCCUUUCAUUUUGUUAUUUGUCUUAAUUGUGUUUAUUGAUUACGUCCUUGGUUUUUCCUCUUUUUAUGAAAGCCGUGUAAGCUGUCGCGUCCUGUUACUUCAUUUCAACCCCGGGGGAGUUUGGCUAAUUGUGCAACUAAUGAAACUCAUGCAGAGUGAGACAAACUCGCAAUCUUUGUCACAUAGUUUCAACUCUUUCCCCGAACGCUGGGUGUUGAAUAACAACAAAUAAAUGUCUCUCCCAUCUUUACGCUCCGUUUGUUGCUGACUCUGAAACAUAACUAAUACAAACUUAUUAGCAUCAGCUUUCAUUUUAAGGCUAUAAUUUUCCACUUAUACUUAUUCAGGAAGCUACUUGCAGAUGUCUGAGUUUGUCUCACCGCAGGAAGCCCCUCCCCGCCCCCCAUCAUCACUUUAUGAGUCACAUCAGUAUGAAACAUUUGUUAGUGGAGCUCGAGUGGGUGUCCUGUACAUUUCAUGCUGGAAGCUAUUUUAAAAGCAAUCUUUAAACUGCUGUAGUUUUCUUGUCAGUAGCCUGAAUAGAAAAACAAGACAACCUAUUGGAGCGUAACGGUUUCAGGAGAGAGGAUGUGGGCUUCAGAUACUGAAAAGUAUCAAAUAUAUCGUGAAAUAGAACAAUUGGUUACAAUAUAACCCCGGUUCUCUGAGUAAAGAGACUACCUGUCCAGCUCCAUAUAUAUGGAAUAUACAGGCUGCACAGGGAUUCUUGACUGCAUUUGGUUACAUUGCAACUCGGGUUCUCUGAGUGGACGCACACGCCCGACAUAUUCCAUAUAUACAGAGCUAGAGAGAUGCUCUGGACACAGUGGAGAGCCGUGUCCUCUGCUGUCUGUCUGGGGAGGAAAAAUGUCAAUCAGCAGUGUCUGUUUGACGCAGACGUAAAAACGUGCUGUAGGUCACAUUCAGCUUUUCCAAUAUCAGAAUUUGAGAUAAACGGUCACAGAGGAAUGAAGCGGCUUAAAGGUUCUUUAUUUUCCAUUUCAAUCCACGUGAGUCUUAUUAUUAUUUUUAGGUUUAAUGAAAUUUUAAUCUGUUUUUGAAAUGUUUUUGUCACUCGAGCUCAUUUUGAUGACUUUACAGUUUAUAAGAAAAAACCUGGCGGGUACAUUUUAGCCCGAUCGGGUUUGAGUUUCUGUUGACUGUGUUCUGUAUUUAUUGUUGAAGACGUUUCAUCAGCCUUGUCUUAAAUCUCUGUGCCUGCCUGACAGAAGAGCGAUGCUGUGGCAGCUGUGGAGGCACAGCUAUGCUGUGGUUUGUUCCUCUGCACGCGUGUGGACGUCAGAGUUUGUUCAUCCAAAACGAGCUGGUGUCUGAAGCUGUGAUCACGGCCUCGACUAGGAGCAGGUUUUUGUGUAUAUUAUUGUACAUGCUGGUCGCCCUCCUCCUACAUGUGUCCGUUAUGUGUAUUUCUGUAUAUACACUUAAACUACACACGUGUGUAUGUA